ACCAGAACAAUGAAACGGCAAGUACUGUUGUUAAUCUCCAUCUUUUGCCUGCGUCCUGUGCGCGGACAGGUCAGCUACUCAAUUCCGGAGGAAAUGGCAAAAGGCUCUUUGGUCGGUAACAUUGCUCAAGAUCUAGGUUUAGACGUCAAACGGCUGCGGUCGGGUAAAGCUCGUAUUUACACGGGAGACAGCGCUCAGUACAUCGAGCUGAAUAGAGAAAGGGGAGUCCUCCUUGUUAAAGAAAAAAUAGACCGUGAAGCGCUCUGCAGACAGACAACGCCUUGCGCUCUGCAUUUUCAAAUUACGUUGGAGAACCCAUUAGAAUUGUUCCCGGUUACUGUAGAAAUUACUGAUAUUAAUGACAACGUUCCACAGUUUCAAAAGGAGGAGAGGAGAUUCGAAAUAAGCGAGACUGCCGUCAUCGGCUCUAAAUUCUUGCUAGAGAAAGCGAUUGACCCUGAUAUCGGAGUAAAUGGUCUUCAGAGAUACACUCUAAAGCCGAGUGACAAUUUUGCGCUGAAACUGCAUUCUCAGUCCGAUGGAAGCAAAAAGGUAGAAAUGAUUUUACAGAAGCCUUUGGACCGAGAGAAACAAGAGCAUAUAUCGUUAGUGUUGACUGCGGAGGACGGAGGAGAGCCGCAGAUGACAGGAACAAUGCAGAUUCACGUGACUGUGUUGGAUGCAAACGACAAUGCCCCUGUCUUCAGUAAACAGAUUUACAAAGCAAGUAUUACAGAAAACUCCGCAAUAGGAACACUCGUUACUAAGGUCAGUGCUUCAGAUGCAGACAAAGGUUCCAACGGAGAAGUGACAUACGUCAUCGGGAAUAGCAUGGAUACUGUUUCAAAAUUAUUUCACAUUAAUAGUCACGGUGAGGUGAUAUUAGAUGGUGCAAUAGACUAUGAAAAAGAAAAACAUUAUCACAUCGACAUAGAGGCGGUUGAUCAGGGCGGACUCUCGGAUUCAAGUAAGAUAAUUAUUGAUGUAAUUGACGUGAACGACAACAGCCCUAUUGUAAAUAUGAUAUCAACAUCCGGUUCAGUACCGGAGGACUCUGCCCAAAAAACUGUGAUAGCUCUAAUGAGUGUCAAUGACCCUGAUUCUGACACUAAUGGCAAAGUCCAAUGUGUAAUAAAUGAAAACAUGCCGUUUGAAAUUAAAUUUACCUCCAAUAAUUUCUAUAGCCUACUAACAGACACUGAAUUAGACCGAGAGAGAUCCUCUGAGUAUAACAUCACAGUGACCUGCUCUGAUGAGGGAGUGCCCUCCCUCUCCAGCAGCGUCACUCUCACCUUACAGAUCUCUGAYGUGAAUGACAACGCGCCUGUCUUUGAGAGGAGCUCAUAUGAGGCUUACAUUGUAGAGAACAACACACCAGGUCUCUCUAUAUUCACAGUGAAAGCCAGAGACGCUGACUGGAACCAGAAUGCCCGUGUUUCUUACAUACUGGAGGACUCCUCUGUCACCUACUCCGUUAACGAAGAACUGUCUGUGGGCUCUGUUGUCGGGAAUGUUGCCGACGAUUUGGGUUUAAAUGUCGAGAGACUGAAAUCACGUAAUGCUCGUGUGUACUUCGGCGAUAGCAGAGAAUACAUAGAGCUGAAUAAAGCCAGAGGAGUCCUCCUAAUCAAAGAACAAAUAGACAGAGAAACGCUCUGCGGACAGACGAUGCCUUGUGCUCUGCAUUUCCAGAUUAUAUUAGACAAACCCAUUGAAUUUUACAGGAUCAUUGUUGAGAUCGUAGAUAUAAAUGAUAAUCCUCCUGCCUUUGAGAAGGGUGAUAUUAAAUUUAAAAUAAGCGAGUCUGCAGUUAUCGGAUCGAAGUUUGAUUUGGAAGGGGCGGUGGACUUAGAUGUUGGAAUAAAUGAUCUCCAAACCUAUCGCUUGGAACCGACUGAUAAUUUUGCUCUCAAACUACACAAUCAAGCAGACGGCUCCAGGAAUGUGGAGAUGAUUUUGAAACAACCUCUUGACAGAGAGAAGAACGAGCAUCUGUCUCUAGUGUUGACGGCCGUGGAUGGAGGAGAGCCUCGGAGGUCUGGAACAAUGCAGAUUCUCAUCACGGUGUUAGAUGUCAAUGAUAACGCACCAGUUUUCACAAAGCCCAUAUACAAAGCUACCGUUGCAGAAAAUUCACCAAAAGGCACAGUUGUGACUACAGUCAGUGCAUCAGAUGCCGACCACGGAUCAAAUGGAAGAAUAACGUAUUCGAUCAGAAACACGUUAGAUAAUGUCAGAGAUUUAUUUGAAGUAAAUGAAAAUACUGGUGAGGUUAGAUUGAUUGGAAAUAUAGACUACGAAAAAUCACGUAAUUAUCAAAUCAAUUUACGUGCGAGUGACGAGGGAGGACUAACAGACACAUGUAAAGUAAUGGUCGACAUUUUAGAUGUAAAUGAUAAUAACCCACUGAUAGAUGUCAGCUACUCUAUCCCGGAGGAAAUGGCCAAAGGCUCCUUGGUCGGUAACAUAGCUCAAGAUUUAGGUGUGGAUGUUAAACGACUGCAAGCGCGUAGAGCUCGUAUUCACACAGGGGACAGUGCAGAGUACAUUCAGCUAAACAAGGAAAAAGGACUCCUCGUCAUCAAAGAGAGAAUAGACCGCGAAGCUCUGUGUGGCCAGACAACGCCUUGUGCUUUACAUUUUCAGAUUGCCUUAGAGAACCCCAUAGAAAUAUUCCCGAUUACUGUCGAAAUCACAGACAUUAACGACAAUGCUCCAGUUUUCCAAAAGGACGAGAAGAACAUUGAAAUCAGCGAGUCGGCAGUCAUCGGCUCUAAAUUCAUGUUAGAAAAAGCAAUAGACCUUGAUAUCGGAAGGAAUGGUCUUCAGACCUACACACUGAAGCCCAAUGAUAAUUUUAUACUUAAGUUACACGGUCAGUCGAACGGUGUUAAAAAGGUUGAACUGAUUUUACAGAAACCUCUGGAUAGAGAGAAAAAGGAGUUUGCCUCGUUAUUGCUGACGGCUGUAGAUGGAGGAGAGCCGCAGAAGUCUGGCACUAUGCAGAUUCAUAUAACUGUGUUAGACGCGAAUGACAAUGCCCCUGUGUUUACACAGACACUAUACAAAGCAAGUGUGAAAGAAAAUUCUCUGAAAGGAACCAUCAUCACCAAAGUGAGUGCCUCCGAUGCGGACAAAGGCUCGAAUGGAGAGGUUAGCUACAUAAUCAGUAAUGGCGUGAUAGGUUCCAUAGAUUUAUUCCACAUCACCCAAGAUGGUCAGCUUAUUUUAAAUGGGCCGAUUGAUUUCGAAAAAGCCAGAAAUUAUGAAAUAGAUAUUGAGGCAGUUGACCGAGGGGGACUGUCUGAUUCAAGCAAAGUGAGCAUUGAUGUGGGUGAUAUUAAUGACAAUAGUCCUGUUAUAAAUAUGAUUUCAUCAUCAAACUCAGUUGAAGAAGAUUCACGUUCCCACACCGUGGUAGCUGUAAUGAGCGUAAAUGAUCCUGAUUCUGAAGAAAACGGGAAGGUCCGUUGUGUGAUUAACAGAAAUAUACCAUUUGCUCUCACAGCUACAUCCAGUAAUUUAUACAGUAUUGUGACAGACAGUGAAUUAGACCGAGAGACCGCAUCAGAGUAUAACAUCACAGUGAGCUGCUCUGAUGAGGGAGUGCCCUCCCUCUCCAGCAGCGUCACCCUCACCUUACAGAUCUCUGACGUGAAUGACAACGCGCCUGUCUUUGAGAGGAGCUCAUAUGAGGCUUACAUUGUAGAGAACAACACACCAGGUCUCUCUAUAUUCACAKUGAAAGCCAGAGAYGCUGACUGGAACCAGAAUGCCCGUGUYUCUUACAUACUGGAGGACUCCUCUGUUAACGGAGUGCCAGUCUCCUCAUAUGUGUCCGUUAGUGCUGAUAGUGGAGUCAUCCAUGCAGUGCGCUCUUUUGACUACGAGCAGAUCAAAGACUUUCACUUCCGAGUCAAAGCUCAGGAUGGAGGUUCUCCUCCACUCAGUAGUAACGUGACUGUGAAAAUACUGAUCCAGGACCUGCAGAAAGCCACAGACAGGGCGCUGUUUGAAGUGGGCUCACAGAAUGGAGAAAUAAGAACUAUCCGCCAAGUCACUGAUAAAGACGCAGUGAAACAAAGACUGACUGUUAUAGUGGAGGACAACGGGCAGCCCUCUCGUUCAGCUACAGUCGUUGUUAACGUGGCGGUGGCGGACAGCUUCCCCGAAGUGCUGUCGGAGUUCACUGACUUUACGCACGACAAGGAGUACAACGACAACCUGACUUUUUACUUAGUGUUGGCUCUGGCUGUAGUUUCCUUCCUGUUCAUCACGUGUGUAGUGGUUAUUAUCUCAGUGAAAAUCUACAGGUGGAGACAGUCUCGUGUCCUGUAUCACUCCAAUCUCCCUGUGAUUCCAUAUUAUCCACCACGUUACUCAGACACUUUGGGGACAGGGACUCUCCAACACGUGUACAAUUACGAGGUGUGCAGGACGACUGACUCCAGAAAGAGUGACUGUAAGUUCGGCAGAGCUGGUAGUCAGAACGUGCUGAUCAUGGACCCCAGUUCUACAGGGACGAUGCAGCGGAUACAGAGUGAAAGGAACAUCCUGGAUGAACCAGACUCUCCUCUAGAGUGGGCCGCUGUCGGCUAG